AUGAAGCUUGUUGAAUGGGCAAAUAAAUAUGUUAUGGAGUUUAGGGAAGCUAACUCUAAUCCUUUUCCUGGGAGAGUUACAAAUACAGCAGAGGUUUUAUGGCUACCACCGGACAAAAGAAUAUAUAAAAUUAACACUGAUGCCUCUUUUUUAGCUUCAGAUCAGCAUGCAGGAUUGGGAAUCAUCAUCCGUAAUGACAGAGGGCAAGUUAUGGCUUCAGCUACGAAGUACUUGGAGAAUAUUCAAUCGGUGGAUAUGGCGGAAGCGAUUGUUGCAGUGGAGGGUCUUCAACUGGCUUCGAAAAUUGGUGUCAACCCAGUGAUUUUGGAGACGGAUUCAUCUCGUAUUUUCAAUCUUUUCUCUCAGCCUUCGGAGGACCUGUCGGAAACGGGAGAAAUCGUUUUGAAGGCGAAGAAUUUCUGGACUCAAUCCUUACAUGCAAGCUUCAAUUUCGUGAAGAGGGAGGGUAAUAAAGCGGCACACAUGUUAGCUCGACGGGCUCUCCUUCUUCGCGAGUUUUCGAUCUGGAUGGAGGAUUGGCCACUGGAGUUGAAGAGUUGUUUAGAGAUGGAAUGUUUGGAGGAGCUUGUGUAA